AUGCCAACAAAAACUGUUGCUUUUGUUAAAGAUUCAAUCUAUCUUGAUGCAUUACAAUAUCGACAAUCAUCAGGUCGUGCUGGUCGUCGUGGUUUUGAUGUUCAAGGUCAUGUUGUAUUUGUUGAUAUACCUUUACCAAAAAUUAGUCAUUUACUUAUAUCAGCUAUACCAAAUAUCCGUGCACAUUUUCCAACAAGUGUUACAUUUUUAAUGCGUCUUCUUCAUCUGUGCUCAAAUGCCAAAGAUUCAAAGGAUGCAAUAAAUCGAUCAUUAACUGCAUUACAAUGUUCUUUACUUGCACAAUCGUCUACAAAACAUCAAUUGAUAGAUAUUCAAAUACAUUUUCAUUGUUUAUUUACAUUAGAUUUUCUUUAUCGAUUAAAUUUAAUUAAUCAACAUGGUGAUCUUAUUGGUUUAGCUGGUCUUCUAACACAUUUACAUUAUUUUGAGCCAGCAAAUAUUUUGCUUGUCUAUCUUAUGGAUACUCAAUAUUUUCAUUUAGUUAAAGAUGAAAUUGAUAUUAUGACUAUAUUUGCUUAUCUCUUUACUUAUAUGCCAUGGUGA